AUGGCGUCGAGGAAGCUUUUCUUUGUCAAGCCUAAGUACAUCUAUCCACAGCCAGAACCAGAGAUGUCCGAAAACGACGAGAAUGUCUUCGAAUUCGAUGAAUCUGAUAUUCAUAGUUUAGGCGAUCACCAGUUGCCGAAUUCAUUUGACGCGAAGCGGUCGAUAUCAAUCUUGCGUUUACGGAGAAAACCGACGAAAACCGGUGAUUCAGUCGAUAACCGGAUAGCGCCAAAGACCGGUUCUCUCCCGGUUAACAUCCCCGACUGGUCGAAGAUUCUGAAGAGUGAGUAUAGGGGCCAUGUGGUACCAGACGACGAUAGCGACGAAGAUGACGAUGACGACGACGACAUCAACAACGGCGAUACAGAGGGAGGUAGACGGAUCAUUCCGCCGCACGAGUAUUUAGCGCGGCUGAGAGGAUCUUCGUUCACGGUGCACGAGGGCAUCGGUGGAACGGCCAAGGGUAGAGAUCUAAGGCGAUUGAGGAACGCGAUUUGGGAGAAGAUUGGAUUUCAGGAUUAG